UUAGCUUUCUGUCACUUACUCUUAACAAUCAAGAGGCUUGGAACGAAAUUGUAGACAACACAUAUUUGCCCUCAAAAUUAUCAUGGGAUUGAUCCGUCCCUCGAUCUGCUUUUUAGCACUUUGCUGUAGUGUUUCUGGCGACCUAUCUUUUUCAAUUGAAACUGAAUGGAACGGAGUUGAUGUCCAUCAUGCCCCCAUUAACAUUACUUUCUCAUUAUCUUCCGACCAAGAGCUGGUAGUGUCUAUGGAGGCUCCAUAUUUCAAUUCAACCAAUCCAAACACCAAUUUGGUCCAAGAAGACACUUGUCCCCAAAGACCUGGAGAGGCCAUUUAUGAUUUUGAGGUGGUUGAGGUGUUUUUCUUGAACGAGAAUGAUGAUUACCUGGAGAUGGAGUUGGCCCCAAACGGGCAAUAUUUGAACAUUCUAUUGUCCGGGUCUCGGAACGACCUUUUAACUUACCUGCCUUUCCUGGGGGAUCAAGUGGAGGUUAAUAAUCCUUGUCAUGAACAAACGGAACCAGGAUGUGUUUGGACCGGAAAUGUGACGAUCCCAACUGAGUACCUUCCCGCGAAUAUCACCAAGUUCAACGCAUUCGCCGUGCAUGGAGAGAUGGAAAAUGGUGAACUCAUCACUCACUACGAAUCCUUGUUCCCGGUCGAUGAAGAAAGUUCGGGCGUAACGGAACCUAACUUCCAUUACCUUGACGCUUUCCAGUCAAUUGACCUCGGUGAGAUUGGUCUGGUUAACCUUAAGGAAUCUGAGUUAUGGAUUCAAGCUAAAGCAACCCCCCAAUCAUUCUCAAACAUGUACAAAGUUCAUGAGGCUUAUGGGUGCACGAAAAAGGCACAAUUUGGUGCAAAUUUCUCAACAAAACGGUCAAAUGGAAAAUUAAUAUUUAAUGUGACAGUCUCCGAACUUGGUCAAGUUAAUUAUGACAUCCCUACCACUCAACAGCAACCAGGACCCAAUGAUGAGCUAUUUGACUUGCCUCAUGAAUCGGUUUGGGCUAGUUUCACUAAUGAGGACAAUCUAGCAAUUCGCUUCGGGAUCAACCCAUAUGGUGCUUAUCUAGUCAAUUUAUUAGAUGACUCCAACAUCCUAGCCAACGUCACUCUGGUGGAUGAGAACUCACUGACUUGUUCCACGCCGACAAACUCGUUUUGGUCGUGUCAGUUAUCGAUUGAAGAUCAAUAUUUUCCCAAGGACGUGAAAUAUUUCCAAUUGGUUCACCACCAUCAGCCUUUGUUGUCUGACGAAAAUAAGCCUCUGCCAGAUUUUGAGAUCAUUUCAGCCAGCUGUCUCGGCACUCUCGAGGGACAGCCUAUUGGCGGCAACACCCUUCGAGAUCUGGAUUGGGUCGGGUGCUUGACGGACAACCGGAACUUUUUGGAUCCUGUGGUGAACAGCGAACAUUCUAAUAUUUGGAUUGGGUUAAAACCAGAACUAACAACUUCGACCACCACACCUUUGCCUACCACUACGGAUAAUACAAAUAAGGCGACAAUUCUGAACCUAACGAUGGGUGCAGUAGUUUUGACAUUUGCUAAUGUCCUCCUCAAUUUGGGUAACUUCCUUUAGGAAGCCUUUUGGGCUCAAAUUCAGUCAAGUUUAUGUUUUUGACUUGAUCUUGCUAUUCUGGGAAGUGCUCAUUGAGAAUAAAAUGAAUGGUUCAGGUGA